AUGAGACAGUUAGGUCUACUUCCUCUUUUCUAAUUUGAGUUUUGUGUGGAACAACAAAGUAUUCAAGGUUGCAAGAGAUCCUAGCACCAUGAAGCUGGGCUGUGUCCCCCAGGCUGUGGGCUUCUACCUCUCCUUCACUGUGCUCUGGGCAGCACAGAUGCUGCUGGCAGCCAGCGUAAACAUGCUGCAGUGUGGCCACCCAGUAAGCACCCAGGACAGCCGCUGUGCCCCCCAGAAGGAUGACCUGAAGAACCCAGAGGAGGCUGAUUUUCAGAUCAAGGGCUACACCUUUAGUGAGCCCUUCCACCUGAUUGUGUCCUAUGACUGGCUGAUCCUGCAAGCCCCAUCAAGACCCAUCUUUGAAGGGGAUCCACUGGUUCUGCACUGUCGGGCCUGGCAAGACUGGCCCCUAGCCCAGGUCACCUUCUUCCGGAACGGCCAGGCCUUGGGGCCCCCAGGGACCAGCAGGGAGUUCUCCAGAGCUGUGGCACGAGAGGGGGACAGUGGGCACUACCACUGCAGAGGAGUCUUCAGGAACCUGGGGCCUGGGAGCCCAGAAACGGCCUCACCUGUGGCCAUCACAGUGCAAGAACUGUUUGCAGCCCCGGUUCUGAGAGCCACGCCCUCCGCCCAGCCCCAGGAAGGUGACCUGGUCACUCUGAGCUGCCUGGCGAAGCUGGCCCUACAGAGGUCGACCACCCGCCUCCUCUUCUCCUUCCACCGGAACGGGGUCACCCUGCUUGGCCCGGGCCCCUCUGCGCAGUUCCAGAUCCCCUCCGUGACCAGGUUGCACGCAGGGGCCUACUGGUGUGAGGUGGCCACUGAGGACAGUCAUGUGCAGAAACAGAGCCCAAGGCUAGAGCUCAGGCUGCAAGAUCCCUCCAGCACCAUUGCACCCCUCAGCAUGAAUCCAACCCCCCAGAAAAUGGCUGCUCCUGAAACUGCCCACACAGACUCCCAGGAUCCUCCACCUUCUGCAACUUCCUCUGAGGACUCAGGUUCUUCCUCCUCUCAGUUCAGGUCAGACCCUUUCCUCCAUCAUCAGAUGGGGGUGCUUCUUAAGCAGGUGCAGGAUGUGAAAACUCUCCUGGGUUACUUAGUCAUGGAGCUGAGGGACCUGUCCAGCCACCAGAAGCCAAGGACCACCAAGGAUCCUUCCAAAAAGAAGUAGAGUUAAUUCUCUGCUGACAGCAAGUUUGGACAUGAGAUUUUGGAAUCUGAGAUCCAACCCUAUAGGAAACAGAUAUGCCAACAAAAGCAAUUAACAAAGUCCAUGUCAGGAUCAGAGAAGAAGCUCAUAUACUUAAAAACAUGAUGGAAAAAUUGAAGAGAAUAAUGCCGUAGUGACUGAUGCCACCUUCUGACCCAGUAGGCUGACGGGAGCUUGAAACUGUCACUGGAGAUGAAUGUAUCUCUUUCACAAAUCCAAAGUUGGCUCCCUUACUGAUGCUAUCAGACUCAAGGUUCCAGAAGGCUUGCAAGUAUUUUCUUAUUUUAUCCAGGACCUGAAGUGUUUGGCCUUUAGUCUUACUGGAUGACUUCAAGAUGAAACUGAUCUAAAAUGAAUAUAUUGUGUGGAUGUGAGGGGAGAGGGGUAGCUGCUUUGUUUUACCAGGAUUUUUUUUGUGUAUACAAGGGCAAUGUUUAUUCUUUAUAUAAACUGUAAAUGACUGUCUAAUAAAUACAUGACAAAA